UCACUCUCGCUUUUAUAGUUUUGCUGCAAUUUCUUCGACAAAUCUCAAAGAACGACUUUUGCUAACAAACUGUGAUUACUACACUUUAAUCAAUCAAAGUGGUUGCUCGGGAUCCGCUACAGUGAAAGCAGCUGCGAGCGACGAUGGGCGCUUCUUCCUCACAUGGCGAAGGAAGCGGAAGCGAUCGGUCGGACGCAGCCACACGGAACCCAGCCAACGACACGGCCAUGACAACCACUUCAUCAAGCCACUCCAGCACAGACCCUGCCACAGCAGGAGCAGCAGCAGGAGCAGGAGCAAAGGCCGCUCGCAAGCCGCCAACGUGCAUCCACCUGCUUGGAGGAGCGGCGGCUGGACUCGUCACAACGACGCUGCUGCACCCGCUCGAUCUCAUCAAGAUCCGCAUGCAAGUGCAUGACGGCACCAAGGAGCGAGGCGAGCGCUACCGAUCGUCGUGGCAUGCUUUCAAGUCCAUCAAGUACCGCGAAGGCCCAAUGGCACUGUACCGAGGUCUGACGCCAAACCUGGUCGGAUCCACGACUGCCUGGGGCCUGUACUUUUUCAUUUACAACAUUGCCAAGUCGCAGUGGCAGUCCUUCCUCAACAUGAAGGAGCUCGGACCAGCUGAGAACAUGGCCGCCGCCGUUACUGCAGGUGUCGGAACGCAAAUUCUCACCAACCCAAUCUGGGUUGUUAAAACGCGCAUGUGUAGCAGCCCAAUAUCUGCUGGAGGGCCACUCCAGUACCGAAGUCUUUCACACGCUCUGGGAUUGAUUUGGCGACAAGAAGGGCUUGCUGGGUUUUAUCGAGGGAUUCUUCCUGGGUUGCUGAGCGUUUCGCACGGCUCGCUCCAAUUCAUGGCGUACGAAGAGAUGAAAAAGUGGGUCACUCGGCGCGAGGCCUAUGCGAGCCAUCGCCAUGAAAUGGGCACUUUGGAGUACACAGUCAUGGCUGCUGCUUCCAAGAUGUUUGCUACGAUAGCCGCCUAUCCAUUCCAACUUGCACGUACACGGUUACAGAACCAAGGUCAUAGUGGUGUAAUACAGUAUCCUAACGCCAGAGCUCUGGUUCGAACCGUUUGGAGCACCGAAGGCUUUUUGGGCUUCUACAAAGGGUUGGGACCAAACUUGCUUCGAGUGACGCCAGCCACCUGCAUCACCUUUGUAGUCUACGAGAACGUGACCAAAUUGUUGCGAGAGCGGAGCGAUUUGUGACAUCUUGUUGAGCAUUCUCUUGUAUUACAUCUAUUCUUGAUCCAACA